AGGGUCAGAUCCAACAUGGCGUCUACCAAACGAGUGCUGUAUGUCGGUGGUCUGGCGGAGGAGGUGGACGAGAAGGUUUUACACGCAGCGUUCAUCCCGUUCGGAGACAUCACAGACAUCCAGAUUCCGUUAGACUAUGAAACAGAGAAGCACCGAGGAUUUGCCUUCAUUGAGUUUGAAAUGGCUGAGGAUGCAGCCGCAGCGAUUGAUAACAUGAACGAGUCUGAGCUUUUCGGUCGCACUGUCCGAGUCAACAUCGCCAAACCCAUGAGAAUCAAAGAAGGUUCCUCUCGACCAGUGUGGUCGGACGACGACUGGCUGAAGAAGUUCUCGGGAAAGACCGCGGAGGAGGCUGAUGCUGAGGCAGCGGGUGGAGAAACAACCACCACGGCGACACAGGAGGCUGAGCCUCCUGCUAAAAAGGGCAGAGUUAAUCCUCAGGUCUUUAUGGACAUCAAAAUCGGCAACAAGAUGGCAGGGAGACUACGCUUCCUCCUGAGGGCGGACAUCGUUCCCAUGACAGCAGAUAACUUCCGCUGCCUGUGCACACAUGACAAAGGCUUUGGCUUCAAGGGCAGCAGCUUCCACCGCAUCAUCCCUCAGUUCAUGUGCCAAGGAGGCGACUUCACCAACCACAACGGCACCGGUGGCAAGUCCAUCUACGGCCGCAAGUUUGACGACGAAAACUUUAUCCUGAAACACACUGAACCAGGGCAGCUCUCCAUGGCCAACUCGGGCACCAACACCAACGGCUCUCAGUUCUUCAUCACCACUGACAAGACCGACUGGCUGGAUGACAAACACGUGGUGUUCGGCGAGCUGGUGGAGGGGAUGGACGUGCUCCGUGCGAUGGAGGCUCAGGGGAACAAAGAUGGGAAGCCGAAGCAGAAAGUGAUCAUCUCGGACUGUGGAGAACUAGUGUGAACGCAUCAGAGGCACACGCUUGAUGUUUUUUGUAUGUGUAUGUAGAGGCAGUGAAAGUGUGAGAUCAUGUGUGUGUUCAUGGUCUCUGAAGCCACAUCUUCUGUCAUGUAAAUAUUUCAAUGAACACCGUUUUCUACAGCUUGACUGUCAGAUUUUUACUUAUUAAAAGUUGCAUUUUGAUAAAGA